CGACCCAUAAUCUGAAAAUAUAUUAUCUAUUCGCAGCACUAAGCAAAGGCUUUCCUUUCUCUUUCGUUUGUGCUAAUAAUUGGCGAAGAAGAAGAACCCAAAGGGGCCAGGCCAGGCCACCCCAUCAGAAUCGCUACGCCAGAAGGUGGUGGGGUGGUUGCUUCAUUCAACCAUUUUCUGACCCCCAAAGGGGACUACUCUCUCCUUCCUCACGGAGGUGGGUUCUGUGGUAUUUCUUUCCUGGAAUCGAUUUUCCGUUGGCUUGGAUGAUUUGGGUUCUUCCGGAAAAUCUUCGUCUCGACUUUUUAGAUCUGCAAUAGCUUUAUUAAUCUUCCAUAUAUUGCAGUGCAGGCAUGGGUGGUUGUCUAGCUUGCCAUACGAAACCGAAACCAGUUAGUGUGGAUGAGCAGCCACCAAAAAGAUUAUCACAUCGACGGUCAUCAAGGAAACCAAGUCACUCAGAGGAUUUUUGGACCACUAGCACAUUUGAUAUGGACAAUAGUGCAGUUCAAUCGCAGGGAAGCAUCUCAUCAAUUAGCACAAAUAACCAAGCGCUUGAUCCCAAUGGUGUUGCUCUUAAUGCUAACCCAAAUGAGUUUGUAAAUCAUGGUCUUCUUCUAUGGAACCAAUCUAGGCAGCGUUGGAUAGGGAAUAAAAAGCCCGAUAACCGGCCACCACAGCGAGAUCCCAAAUUAAGCACUCAUUCUGUCUGCAUGGUUCUAUCAUUAUUAUGGCUUUGCAGUUGGAACGCAACUUAUGAAAGUUUACUCGGGAGCAACAAGCCUUUCCCGCAGCCAAUCCCUCUUGCUGAAAUGGUAGAUUUUCUUGUGGACAUUUGGGAGCAAGAGGGAAUGUACGAUUGAGCGGAGCAUAAUAGCUGCGUGGUUAGCCAUUUCAGAACUCAUCUAAGCUUUGGGUACCAUUAUUUUUUUCCCUGCUUCCAUAGCAAAUAGGUGAAGAAGAAACAAAAACCGCAGCUUGUACAUCAACAACCUUAAAUGAUAAAAACAUUUGUUUGGUUCUCAAAAUUCUCCCCAUCUUCAUUGUGCCCUUUGUAUUGAAUUUGAACUAAUUCUCAAUCUUUGCUUAGAUUUUGCGAAAGUUGAUAGGUUUUGGUUUGGUUCUCUAUCUAUGUUUCUGGGGUCCUCAAGAUAUGGAAGAUACGAACAUUUUGUAUAAUGGCUUCACAUGCUUGUUAUUAUUAUUAUUCUUGUUUUCUAA